AUGAGCGACAGGCCCUUCCCUCGAUUCCUAGUCUUUGCCGCUGCAGUGCUGCUGUCAGCCAUGAUCCGCCACAGCCAAGCGUAUAACGUGUCGCUUGAGAGUGUGACGCUCUUUAAACGGUUCUCUUGGUACGGCACGCCAUCUGUUUACAUCGAAUGCGACUCUGCGAAUCGGACGUACCUGCCCGCCGUCAACUCGACGCUGACGUGGUUCACCUUCCAAGGCAACGAGUCAUGGCAGCCAGUGACACAGCUAGAUCACGGGCAGUGCCGCACGUGUGGGCUGUACGAGAGGCAAGCGUUGUGGUACAAGGACGGGUGCUUUGGCACGUGGGCUGUGUGCUCCAGCAACUUCAGCGACCGUGACAGCCGCGGCCUCUUCACGUUUGUGCAGCCGGGUAGCUUCCAUGCCAACCUGGCGUGUUACGCUUGUAACCACACGGGGGUGGCACAUGCUGCGGCAGAAGCCCCCACUAGCGCAGACACAGGCGCCGACGUAAGUGUGUUUCUGUGGAUGUCAGUGGUGGUAGCAGGCAUGGGCAUAGUCAUCAUCAUUGCUGCCUGCAGCGUCUUCCUUGCAGCCGAGCCUGAGGCCGAGGCAGAGCGUGUCCGUUUGGAGGGAGAACGGGCCAAGUUCAUCGAGAUGGGCGGGGGGAAGUCGGACGGACGGCCGAGAUUUCACGAUGGGUAUCACUACGAGGGGAGUGAGGACGAGGAUAAAGGGGAGCACAAGCGGCAUGGGCAGCAGCACCAAUCGGAGUUUUUUGGGAGGUUUCGGGAAGAAGCAGGCGAUGUGUUGAGCGAUAUUGAUGAAGAGGAUGAGGAGGAGACUACAGGUCCCCCAGGACGGCCGUUUGAAGCCACACCCAACCCGACUACGGCAGCAGCGUACUACCAUGAGUGGUAG